AUGAAACUUGUACUCGAGGCAGGUGGUGCGUCAUUAGAGUCAGUAUUAAAAACUACCAUUUUACUAGCACGUAUGGAAAACUUUCAAGUCGUCAACGAGGUCUAUGCAGAAUAUUUUCCGAAGUAUUCCCCUGCACGCGCUACUUUUCAAGUUGCAAAAUUGCCUAAAGAUGCUGAAGUGGAAAUAGAAGCCAUAGCUCUAAGCGGGGAUCUGAUAGUGACUGUAGCGAAAUCAGACCCUUGUAAAUGCACUUAG